AUGACACUUGGGGCACCUAUAGCUGGUUGGAUUGUCGGGAAAUGCGAAAGAAGCCAGAUCCCAUUCCUCGCCGGGCUUUCUUGCGCAUUUGGGUCAACCCUUGUCUUCAUGUUUGGAUGGACUUCGUGGAUGAUCAUCGUGGCAAGAAUCUUCCAGGGUCUAUCGGCUGGCGUGGUUUACACAGCUGGCUUGACGCUGCUGGUUAACACGAUCGAGUCGCACGAACUGGGUCCUUGGAUUGGCUUUGGGCUAUCCGGUAUGAACUUCGGCGUGCUUGUCUCACCUACGCUCGGGGGAAUCGUUUAUGAGAAGGCAGGAUUCUAUCCUGUCUUCAUUAUGAGUCUUGCAGUGGUCGCCAUUAACUUGAUUUUUAUCUUGCUCAUUAUUGAUAAAAAGGCGGCCGCCAAGUAUCACGAUUAUGCUAGCGAGACGAGGCCCUCUUCAUCCAAUGGAAGCUCACCGAGGAGCGCAGUUGCAAAUGGCAAGCGGCGACUAUCGCGAGUGGAAGAUGGAGAUGCCACAGUGACAACUGCACUCCUCACUCACUGCAGAGAGUCACCCGAGCCUUUUGCUACGGAAUCUACAUGGUGGACUGUUGUUGGAGGCUUUCUCAGUAGCUCCCGCAUUCUCGCUGCACUAUAUGCUUCUCUGAUUAAUGUUGUAUUGGUGAGUGCUAUGGACGCUGUGCUGCCCAUCUUCGUCAAGGAAACAUUUCGUUGGCUAUCUGGAGCUACAGGGGCAAUAUUCCUCAACCUGACUAUUCCAUCUCUCAUCGGUCCAUUCAUUGGGAUGCUAUCUGAUAGGUACGGCGUCAGGCUGGUCUCUGCAAUUGGUUUUGUAAUUGCUGGAAUAGCAACUAUUCUCCUGGCUUUUAUUAGACACAACACUGCUUUAAAUCAUGUUAUGGCGUGUAUACUACUUCUAUUCGUUGGCAUUGGACUCAACACUUCUCUCACACCAUUAGCCACAGAGAUACCACGAAUUGUGAAGGAUCUCCAAGAGGAACGCCCUGAUAUCUAUGGACACAAAAGUGCAAUUGCCGAGGGAUAUAUGCUUCUCGAUGCGGUGUUCGGUGCUGGCACUGUCCUUGGGCCAUUGCUUUCCAGGUUUGCAUACGAUUAUGUGGGAUGGACCGGGUGCAACGUUAUGUUGGGGAUGCUGAGCUUCUCUGCUAUAGUGCCGAUAGCAUUAUAUCUCGAGCCACACCUAGGGACAUCAUAA